AAUACGCGACAUUUACAAACAAAAUUUAAAUCAAAAUUAUCUUAGUUAUUUUUCUGUAAUAUUCAUUUAUCAUAUUAAAGUGAAGAUAUAAUUAAGAGCAAUAUAUAUCUCGUAGAGUGGAUUAUGUUUAAUCUUAGACAAACAAGAAAGUCUUUUUGAAUCGGCUGAAAUAAGAAAGUGAAUUUAUACACAGAUAUUAAGGAAUGAAGAUGAAAGAACCAAUUUUGGAAGCAGUGGUGGAAGAAUUAGAAAAGGAGAAUACAUUUACGUUCUCAGAAAUUUCAGUGCCAGACGAAACGAUCAGCGCAACGACUGAAGAAAAUGAAAGUAUUAAGCAAAACGGUAACUUGAAUCCUGUGAUGGAACGUGUUGAAAAUGAAAACGGAAUUGACUUCGAAACCAUAAACGCUUAUCCGGAAAGUGAACACCAAGAGAGCGGGAAAACUGAUUCAAAAAACGAAAAAGUCUUUGAAAACACAAUUAUGCCUGAGAAUCACAAUACAGACAAAGAAUGUGCUAAUGGUUUACAAAACUACCCGGUUACUGUAAAGUCCAUCGUUGAAGAUUCAAGUGGCUCCGGUCAGUCAACUUUGAAAUUAGCAAACUCGUCGUCAGCGUUCGCUCACACAAGCGAUGACUCUACAAGAACCUCUGAUCAAAAUAUCGAAUCACAAAACAAUGAACAUUCUAUCCAAGUGAGUGAAAUAGAAAACGGUGUUUCUAUACAUAGAAACUACCAUGACGAUGACGAAAGAUCUAACACGGUUGUUGAACUGACGAAAGAAAACUUAAAACAUCAUACCAAAACAAUGAAAAAUGAUUCUAAUAAAUACCAGCUGCUGUCUCAAGAACACUUAACAGAUAAAGUUAAAAGUUCUGUUACAGUUACUACAAUUUUACCUACAAGUGAUGCAUCUACCUUACCCGACAAAGCAGAAAACAAUGCUGGGGACACAACCAUUACGUGUACUAUUUCUGACGCAACAAUUUUGCCUAAAAGUGAUUCAACUAUCUUACCCGACAAAGCUAAAAACAAUGCUGGGGACACAACCAUAACAAGUUCUUUUUCAGAUGGAACACUUUUACCUAAAAGUGAUACAACCGUUUUACCUGACAAUGCUGAGAAUAAUAGAGGUGCCAUAACCGUUGCAGGUUCUAUUUCAGACGUCACAGUUUUACACAAAGGUGAUGCAUCUGUGCCACCCAGUACUCCUAAAAACUUUACAGAUGAGAACAACCGAAAAGGUUUUGCUUCGGAUACUUCAGCUUUACCUGAAAGUGAUGCUUCGGUAUUUCCCGAUCAUGCUGAAAACAGUAACGGCUAUACAGACAUUAAAGGCUAUACUUCAGAUGCAACAGUUGUAUCUAAAAGUGCAUCGAUCCAACCUGAUAGUGCUGAAGAUAAUGUAGAUGAGAAAAUCUCAAAGGAUUCAUUGAGCAGCACAAUAUCCAAGAAACAAACCAUUGACGAUAAGGAGACUGUUUACAAGUUUGUGAAUGAUGUAAAUCAUAACACAGAUGAAGCCAUUAAAGUUUCUCCAACGGAAUCUUCGCAACUUCAUCGUCAAGCUGAAAGUAAGGGAUCCCGACAUUCUAACAAAAAACAUAAAAAGAAAAAGAAGCAUAACGAUCUUGAAAAUGUUGAAACAUUGAUAAAUCAGGAUGAAAAAGCAAAUGUCAAAAGAAAGCGCCGAAACAAAACGAAAAAGUCAGCAUUAUGUAAUGAAACUUCAACUAGUCAAGGUUCGAGCGGCAACAAUGAAUAUUCUUUGAUAAAGAAUGGCUUUGACGAGGGUAAUACUUCACAAAACAAGGAUAAUAACGAACGCUCGUCAAUCAGUCGCGAGGACGGCAGUGUUAACGGACAGCUUGUAGAUCAGUGGAAAGGAAUUGGGGUUAAACAAGGAGUUGAACUUGGCCAUAAACGAUUGUUAAAACGAGAGAAACAACAUAAGUUCCAAAGAAAAUUACCCGUGUAUGAUGCCAAUAAUACUAGCACGAGAAUGAUAUUACUAAAUAACAAAUACGGGAAGAAUUCUAGAUUGUGGACGGGUGAAGAUUGCCACCUUAACAGGGGUAAACUUAUAAAUCCACUUAGGCACCAGAAAGAGCCUUCAUUUUAUUUGAGCGGGAAUUUUCAUUCCCGGUGUUCAACCUCCGAGGAAACUAUCCGUCCAUGUUUCACUACAGGAUUGACAAAGUUUGACUUUAGUAACAGACCUCAAUCUGAUAAAAUUGGUGACAGACUGUAUGAAGCAAAAAUAUCAGUAAAUCCAAACCGUCAUCGAUCUUGUCAGUGUACACUUCCACCUAUACCAAGACCUCUCAAUUUUUCUCCACUGACACACCAAGAGAGAUCAAAUAGGUACGUUUUCGCUUGGGAGCGUCUCUACGCCGAACCACAGAUUCGUCCCGUUUCCUCUGUGAGGCCGUACUCAUCUAUUUCCGGAAAGAAAGUCGGUCUUCACGUUAAGGUACCGAAUGCUUUUGCUGCACCAUUUAAGAAAGAGACCGCAUUGUGA